UGUUUCUCAACUGUCACUAGAGGUUGCUGUGUAAGAGUGCAAGUACAAGUAUAGAACACGAUAAGUGAGAAGAGAAAAUGCCUCCUCGAAUGCCAAGGGUAUAUCUAAUACGACAUGGAGAAACGGAAUGGUCUCUUAAUGGUCGUCAUACUGGUUCUACAGAUAUCCCUUUGACUCAACAUGGAGAAGAUAUGGUCAAAAACCUCGGCCCGAGGGUUAUUGGACCAGGUAAAUUGAUCAAUCCUGAACAUAUCAGACAUAUAGUCGUUUCUCCCCGACAACGAGCUCAGAAAACCGCUGCUUUGCUAUUUGGAGAACACAAACCCCCUAAAUGUUUCUGGACAGUCGAUCCUGAUGUCGCCGAAUGGGAUUAUGGGGCGUAUGAAGGUUUGUUCAGUAAAGAUAUUAGAAAAGAAAGACCAGAUUGGGAUAUUUGGACUGAUGGAUGCCCGCCUGGAGAAACACCCGGAGAAACGCCUCAACAAAUAAGUGAUAGAGUAGAUCGUGUCAUUGCUAAAGUCCGGGCCAUUCAUGCUGAGGCUGAAAAAGUGGCUAAAUCCCCCGAAGACGUAGAUUACGCAGACGUCAUGAUCUUCUCUCAUGGUCAUUUCAGUAGAUGUUUCAUCCCUCGAUGGUGUAAUCUUCCCGUUCAAGCAGGAUACAACUUUGCCGCAGAUCCAGGAUGUAUUACCGUACUUGGGUAUCAACACAUGACAUUGAAAGAACCAUCUUUGAUGGGUUUGAAUUGGUAUACGGAAGAAAGUCUUCAAAGCCGAUAAGAACAUGAGUAGAGUACUCAUACUCGUACUCGUAUGAGUAAUGAUGAUGAAUGCAUCUUUGUCAAUUUUG